GAAGAAAAAUAAGUUUACGAUAAUAGAGCGAUUCGGCUUGUUUUCCGUACAUACUCUUGCCCUUUCCCUUCCCCUUUCUGAUACUCCUAGUCUCCACCGCGAGCGCGCCGUGUCCCCGCCAAUUUGCUCGAGUUCCUUCCUAGUAUUAUGGAGCUUGAUUGUCGUGAUCCGGAACAAAGAAUGGCAAGAUUGAGUCCAUGGAAACGAGGACGCUCUGAAUCAUGGGGUCCCUACCGAACGAGUCGUUACUCGUUCGCGGAGAAGUUUGAUACUAAUACAGAUUCUAACAUAGACUUGGAUUUGGAUAUCAAAAAACUUGCUUUGAAAGUGUCUCCGUUCGUUGUCAGCCUUGUAUCCCUUACCGGUGAGAAGCCACUAUUUAUGGGUUCUGGGACUAUCACCGAGUCUGAAGAGGUUAAUGGUACAUACUUCGGUACCAUCUUAACUUCUGCUAGCCUACUUAGGACUUCUGCUGAAUCAGAUGCCAUACCUGAUGAUAUCAAGGUUAAUGUGCAUCUACGAGAUGGUACACUAUGUGAGGGCCAAGUGUUGGCGUACGACUGGCAUUACAACAUUGCUUGGAUUAAGAUUAAAUCUGAUGCACCGCUGGCUACCGCUAGUCUGAGGCUUCUAGAUGAUACCAUGUGUGUAGAUCCAAGUGGAAUGCAGGACAAAGAGUUGGGUUCAAACAGUUUUCUGUUUCAUCCUCAUUCAGAUUUCUUCAAGCUUUGUCCUGGAGACUUGGUGGUUGCCGUCGGCCGCUACUUUCAGCCACCCAAUGAGAUUAUGACUGCUCCUGGUAGAUUCAGUAUUGACCGCUGUGACUUCGACUGUAAAGAGCUUUUCCGGGGUAACUGCAAAAUUUCAAAAUGCGGUAUUGGGGGACCCCUUAUAAAUCGUCAUGGAGAAGUCAUUGGAGUCAAUUUCUAUGACGAGCUAUGUACUCCUUUUCUUCCUAUCAACAUAGUUUCCAAAUGCUUGGAGCACUUCAAUAAAUACGGGAGAUUCUCUCGACCUCUGCUUGGAAUGGAAAUGACUAAUCUUUAUGCCGCAAGUUUACGCAACUUGGAUAGAAUUAACCUGAAGUUUCCGAAUGACUCCAACGGUGUCUUUGUCGAAAAGGUUAUAGAAGGGUCCCUUGCUGAAUGUGCUGGAAUACUGAGUGGUGAUGUUAUUGUUCAAUGUGCUGGCAACUUUGUCCGGAGUGUUUUGGAGUUCUAUGAAAUUUCCUUGGACAAGUGUGGGGAAUCUGUGGAUGUGGUGGUGUUAAGAUCUAGAACCGGCGAUCGUUUGAAUCUGAUUCUGAAGGUUGGCGAGACUAGCUCAGAUAAAAUUAAUAGCUGGCCCCUCCCCACAAGGUGCAUGGUACACGUUAAAAGAGUUAGGUAAUACAGUUGCUUUUGUGGAGUGGUGUUUUGUUAGACUGUAAAUUACUAUGGGCAAUAUUUAUUGCUACCAUCUUAUGUAAUUUCCUAGUUUGCUACAAUCCCAUGUAAUUUACUUAUUUAUUUCCCCCUUGCUAUGUAUGCACAGGAAUGCUUUUUCAAUUGGAGUAAUUGAGUAACUAGUUUCUGAAAA